AUGUCACAAUACAAGGACAAAGGUAAGCGCUAUGGAUUCCAAAGUGCUGGAUUUGACACCACACAUAAGAAGAUACGCUGGCUUGUGUUGUACAUGGCAGCAUACCCGGCCGUUCAGGGCUGUGUCCAAGAAGGAAUUGAUAGCGUCGUAGGGCAGAACCGGCCGCCAGUGCUCGCAGAUAAGCCCCGCCUUGUAUACACGGAAGCAGUAAUUCAAGAAGUCAUGCGCAUUGUUACGAUGGUUCCGGUUUCAUUGCCGCACUACGCGAUAAAGGAUUCCAAGCUAUGUGGUUUCCACGUUGACAAAGACACCGUCGACAUCCUUAAUAUGUUUCCGUUUCUCACGAAGCAAAGGUCUGGGGAGAUCCUGACAACUUUCGACCCGAGUGUUUUUUGA